AUGAGUGAUUCUUCUACUUCUACCCCUCAUCCUGCAAAAUCAAGCUUACCCAUGUUGUAUUAUGGCCUUGUCGUUGUCGGAACGGCCGCGAUUGUCUUAGUUCUCUACAAUUUCAUCGUUAUCAAGUGGUGCUCUGACAGCCGCCACCGCCGGCGGAUGGCUGUAAGUUAUGAGGAGAUGAUGAAUUCAAGCCGUAGCUUCCAGAGCUCCUUGAGCAGUUUCAAGUUCAAGAAGGUGGCGGCGGCGACGGCGACAGCGGAAGAAGGGAAUGGGAAUGAAUGUGCAGUUUGUUUGUCGGCGUUUGAGGAUGGUGAAGAGGUUAAGAAAUUGCCGAGAUGUACGCAUACGUUUCAUGCUUCUUGUAUAGAUAUGUGGCUUUAUUCUCACUCCGAUUGCCCGCUCUGCCGUGCUCCGGUGGCGGUGCCGGGGGUGAGCCGACACGAAACCACCACGGCGGAGCAAGACGAGAAUUCAGGUCAUGUGUUGUUGGAGGUUUGA